GUUACAUUUUAAAUUUGUCUUAAAGAAGAAGGAGCUGAAUCUUGGUGCUGAAAAAUGUCCGGAAACCCUGCGGACCAGGUCCACGUCUUCUACCGCUCUCCAGCGAAGUUGAAGGCAAUAUUAAGGAAAACUUUUCAUCUUAAGGAGUUUCGGGAAAAUCAACUUGAAGCAAUUAAUGCAACUUUUGAGGGAAAAGAUGUCUUUGUUGUUGGUGAUAAUGGUGCUGGUAAAAGCCUGUGUUACCAGCUACCAGCCUGCUUGUUUCAUGGAGUCACUGUGGUGAUCUCUCCAACCAUCUCCCUCAUCCUGGACCAGAUCCAGAAACUAACUAAACUGGGUAUUGUGGCCAGGAAACUCUUGGCUGCUAGGGAGGACCGUGAUGCAAAAGGUAUCUACGAGAUGUUGAAAGAAGAAGCUCCGAUGAUCAAACUGCUCUAUGUCACCCCCGAGAAGAUGAGAAUGAGUGAUCGGCUGAAAAUGGCUCUGCAGAGACUGUUUCAACGAGGACUUCUGGCUAGGUUUGUUAUCGAUGAGGCCCAGUGCCUCAGUCUGUCUGACAUCAAACACUUCCGGAAGGCCUUCGGGAAGCUGAUUGAGCUGCUGGAGGUCUUUCCGGGGGUGCCCAAGAUUGCUCUGUCAGGCCCCGUCAGGAAAUCCACCCAGAAGGAAAUCCUCAAUCAGCUGCAUAAGACCAAUUCUCAGUUGUUCAUGUACUUUAACCAAAGAAACCUAAAGUAUGCCGUGCUGACCACGACAACAAAGAGUUUGGAAACAGACUGCAUUACCUGGAUCAUGGAGCACUAUCCACAUGACUCGGGCAUCGUGUACUGCGGGAGACGAGUCGACUGUGUCUCAAUGGCAAUGGGACUGAACAUGGCAGGCCUGCCGGCAUGUUCGUAUCAUGCAGGGAAAAAUAUUGCUUACAGUGACAGAGAGAUUGCGCAGAACAAGUGGAAUAGAAAUGAAUGCCAGGUCAUCUGUGCCACUGCCCAAUCCUUUGGCUUUGGCAUCGACAAGCCGGACGUGCGGUACGUGAUCCACACCUUUCUGCCCAAGUCCAUGGAAAACUACUACCGGGAGACAGGGCGGGCCGGCAGAGACGGGAACAUGUCCCACUGCAUCCUCUUUUAUUCCGACAGCGACUAUCACCAGCUUCACUAUGUCAUCAGAAUCGAUGAAUUUGAUGAUGAUGAACCCGAGAACAGGGAAUUGGUUGACCUAGGACCCAUGGCGGAAUACUGCCAGAAUACGGCAGACUGCAGAAGACGACAACUGCUUACUUACUUACGUUGGGGCGACAUUGAAGCAAACGUAUGCCUGCCAAACUCAGAAGCCAUCUGUGACAACUGCGAAGGAGACAAUGCAGCUGCUGCUGCUACCCCCCGGACCAACCAACAACCCUUCCUCAAACCAGCUCAAUAGGAUUCAUCUAAUCAAGUGUAGUUUAAACUUUACUUUUUCCCAAAUAGACCAUAGAGCCAAGACACAAUGUCCAAUCCUUUUAGUCACAUGCGACACUAUAUGGGGACAUUGGAUCUUUGAUAGGAAUACAUUUAAUAAUCUAAUCGCCAUGUCGGGAAAAUAUUGCGUCAAACCUUGACAUUCCAUUGGGAAGGUCUGGAUGCUAGUAUAGUGAUACCACAGGAUUGCUUAGCUUCUAGAAGGAAAGUC